UGUUAUUGAUUUGCUGUGCGCGUGCUGGAGUUGCGGGCGGUGUUAGUGUGAGUUUAACCCGGUAUACAAGAGUUGGGAAAUAAACAAACAAACAAACAAACUGCUGGAAAAGGGAGCGAGAAUGAAGCGGCGCAAUGCGGACUGCAGCAAACUCCGCCGCCCGGUAAAGCGGAGCCGAAUCACCGAGGGAAUGCACGGCAGUACCUUCCUCUACCUGAAGUUCCUGCUCGUGUGGGCUCUGGUGCUACUGGCAGACUUUGUCCUGGAGUUUCGCUUUGAGUACUUGUGGCCUUUCUGGCUCUUUAUCAGGAGCGUGUAUGACUCCUUCAGGUACCAGGGACUGGCGUUCUCUGUGUUUUUUGUUUGCGUUACGUUCACAUCAGACAUCAUAUGCCUGCUGUUCAUCCCUAUGCAAUGGCUGUUUUUCGCCGCCAGCACUUACGUCUGGGUACAGUAUGUAUGGCACACAGAGCGAGGCGUGUGCCUGCCUACGGUCUCCCUGUGGAUUCUUUUCGUCUAUAUCGAAGCUGCCAUCCGAUUCAAAGACCUGAAAAAUUUCCACGUGGGCCUCUGCCGUCCCUUUGCCGCUCACUGCAUCGGCUACCCUGUGGUGACGCUGGGCUUCGGCUUUAAGAGCUACGUGAGCUACAAGAUGCGCCUGCGGAAGCAGAAGGAGGUGCAGAAAGAGAACGAGUUCUACAUGCAGCUUCUGCAGCAGGCUCUGCCUCUAGAACAGCAGAUGCUCCAGAGGCAGGAGAGGGAGGCAGAGGAGGGAGCCUCCAAGUCCAUGUUGGAAGCAGAUCUGACGCUUUUGGCUCAGAACGGCACCAAGAAGCUGCCCAUCUCUUUCCCCGAGCUGGAACAGCGGGCCAAGAAACAGCACCAGCACAACAUAGGAAUAAACAACAACAUCCUACACACUGUGGAGUCGAGGCUGCAGGACAUUGAGUACAUGGAGAACUAUCUAAGCAGCAAGAAACUGAACAUCGAACUGAACAGCUGCACGGAGGACGUGGGUGGCACAGACGCAGGCUCCGCCUCCUCCUCCAGACAUUACAAAAAUUCCUCCCCACACAGCCACAGCUCCACCAAUGGCAGUGUACCAUCCUCGUCCAAUAGGAACGAAAGGAAGCAGAAGGGUGUAGGGAAGAAUGCACAUCGAGAGCUGAUGGAGAACUGUAUACCCAACAACCAGCUCAGUAAACCCGACGCUUUAGUGCGUCUGGAACAGGACGUAAAGAAGUUGAAGGCGGAUCUGCAGGCGAGCCGCCAGCUGGAGCAGGAGCUGCGCUCUCAGAUCAGCUCUCUGAACAGCGCCGAGAGGAACACGCGCUCCGAGCUCGGCCAGCUGCGCCAUGAGAACGAGCUGCUCCAGAACAAGCUUCAUAACGCAGUGCAGUCCAAGCAGAAGGACAAGCAGACCAUCACUCAGCUGGAGAAACGUCUGAAGUCCGAGCAAGAGGCACGGUCAGUGGCUGAGAAACAGCUGAGCGACGAGAAGAAGAGGAAAAAGGUGGAGGAGGCGACGGCCGCCCGGGCUGUCGCGCUCGCUGCAGCGUCCAGAGGGGAGUGCACAGACUCCCUGAGGAGUCGAAUUCGAGAGCUGGAAUCCGAGUGUAAGAAGCUCUCCCACGACCUGAAGUUUAAAGAGGAGCAGCUGCGAGAGCUGGAGGGCAAAGUGCAGGAAUUACGCAAGUACAAAGAGAACGAGAAGGACACCGAGGUCCUCAUGUCAGCACUGUCAGCCAUGCAGGAUAAAACGCAGCACCUGGAGAACAGCCUCAGUGCUGAGACCAGGAUCAAGCUGGAUCUCUUCUCAGCACUAGGAGAUGCCAAAAGGCAGCUUGAGAUUGCGCAAGGUCAGAUCUUGCAGAAGGAGCAGGAGAUAAAGGAGCUGAAGCAAAAGAUAGCUGAGGUCAUGGCAGUCAUGCCCAGCAUCACGUAUUCGUCCGACUCCAACAGCAUGUCUCCUAUUUCACCGCACUACUCCUCAAAGUUUAUGGACACGAGUCCAUCCAGCCUGGACCCCAAUGCGUCCAUCUACCAGCCUCUUAAAAAAUGACCCCCCCCCCCCCUUUUUUUUUCUCUCUUUCUGAAUUGACCAGGGUCAGUAUGCAUACCUCGAAGAGUGUGGGUUGUUGUGUUAAUUAAGCUACAGCAGAAAAAUGAAAGGUUCUAGAUUAAGACAAUUUUUGGUUUGGAUUUUGUUUGUUCAGUUCAGAGUUGAGGUGUCUGGCCUGCUUUUAAUGCACAGAGGUGUAUCUGUGUAUUUUUGUUCUCUAUAAAUGCCAGCAAGAUUUGUGUGAGAGAGAAAUUACUACUCCAUGUUUAAUUUUUACCAUAAAAGAAGAGUAUUCAUGAUGAGUUGCAAGGUCUUUAUCCAGGUGCUGUAUCUGAAGCAUGUUUCGAUUUAAUGAUAACCAUGGUAUUGCCAUUUCUCUUGGAACCAAGGAGCUGCAAUUGAUCGUUUUUGGUUUUCUUGGAGAAAAUUGAAAUGCUCUGUUCUUUCCCGGAGCAUCCUCAAAGAUAUUUUCGUUCAGCCGUGUUGAUGACGAGGUUCAGAAGAGACUAAUUUUGAUGUAUGUUAAUUAUAUGCUGCAUAAAAAUUUUGCGAAUACAUAUUGUCUUCUGCAGUCGAAGCAAUUCCUCUCUGUAACCGGACCAAUUUAGCUCGUUUGCAGAAACGUACAAAACGGGAAUAGCUGAUGGAGUUCCAGUCAUUGUUUUAAUGCAGUGCCUUGAAUCUUUUCAGUUUGAAGUAAUUCAGUUCAACCGGAAGAUCCUGGAUCACAUGACCACUUUUGCCCUUCCUCACUCACUCACUCGCAGUAUUUGUUCAGCCGUCCUCAUUGCUGCCCUCGUCCAACAGGUCAAGAUGUUGCAGAAUUAUCACUGAAAACAAGAAACCUCAUUUUGUCAGGUGCAGAAUGGCCCUCCAGUUUUAGAUUCCUUUCAUCUAAAAGAGGUUCUGACUUGUUUGACGUUGGAAUGGUGUAACAUCGUGCUGAAUGUUUUAACUUUAAUCAUAAGUGCCAAGUACUUUGUCCAUAUUGAGUUGAAUUAUAAGAAAUGUGCACAAUGUGUGUAUUCCCUUAACAGUCCUAAUUUCUUAUGUGACUGCUCUGAAAUUUCUUAUGCAACAACCUUGUUUGGGUUUAAUUUCAUUUUACAACAUGGAUGAUUUAUAAAAAGAUAUCUUGAUAUGAUAAGGAUAUAGCAGGCAUCUUUGCCCAGAUAGAAUAUUAUAAAACUAAGGUCACGAUGUUGUGGGGAGUUUUUUUGUUUGUUUUUUUUUUGUUCCCCCCCCUCCCCACUUUUGGAAAAGUAUUUCUGUGGAUUGUAAUGGAAUGAUAUAUAAUUUUUUUUUCUUUCCCCUGGGGGGGUUUAACUUUUGUCGAGAGUAAAGACUAAAGCACUUGUUCCUCA